UCAUGAAGAAAUCCUCCUUUGAAAAGAAAGAAAGGCUUAUAGCCGGAGGUGAGACCAAGAAAACAAAGAUGAAAAACAAGAGGGAAUCUGGUCCUUAUGCAUAUGAAGGUUCAAAGAAAAGCAAAGUAGAAGUAGAAUACACUAACGAGAAACAUCACAGUUCUAACUUAGAUCACAGAAGGGUGGGCCUUAGUUCAAGAACUAGCUUGCCAACUCAAGCAAACGGAAGAAGCAUGAAGAAUUGUAAUGGGGGCUCUAAUUCUGGGGAUGUAAAGCAUGAUAUUAAAGAAAAAUCAGUAGCUUCCGUGAAGAAACUUGUGGAUCAAACUCUGGCGUCAUCAGAUGGUGGGUCAUUAGACAUGAAAAUAUGUGAUAAAAGGGCUACUGUGAAGAAAAGGAAACCGGAUGACUGGCAGGACAGUCAAAAUGGGAAUGAGUUGUGCAUGAAGGAUGAAAGUAGUGAGAGUGGUUUUAGGAAUGAAAAGAAGUUACGGUUUUCUAAGAUUGAAGGGAAGCAGUUCAAUAGAAAUGAUGGUGACAGUACAACAAACAGGAAAAGUAUGGAUCAUUUGAUUGGUGGCAUUGAGGAUGUCCACUGUAUUGAUAGGAACCUGAAAUUAAGUAAGCAGAAGAAAAAGUCAUCAUCUCAAAAAGAAUUGGAUGGCCUUGAUUUGUCGAGAAGGGAUUCCGGAACUGGACGAAUUUUGAUAGCAGCAACUUCUAGUUCUUCAAAGGUUUCCAGUUCUAGUAAAACCAGAGGAAAUUUUGAAGAAGCAAGGGGUUCACCAGUUGAAUCAGUGUCUUCAUCGCCAAUGAGGACCUCAUAUCCAGGAAAACUUGCAUCAACUGCUGGUUCAGGGAAGGAUGCUGCUAAUAGUGGAAUUCCUUCAAGUGGCAGUCUUGGAAGAUGUUGGAAUGGUGAAGGUGAUUUUGAGCUUGCUCAAUCUGGUGUAGAAAUGAAAGAGAAAGUGUCAGUUGAUUUUAACCCUGGAUACCAUAAAUUUUCUACCUUGGAUUAUCGGGAUAAAGACUCUGUUUGCAAAAUCAGCAUUAAAAGUAAACCUUCUUCUAGGUUGAGCCAUGUGCUCAAUGGUGAUUCUCGUUCUGCUGAAAAUGCGCAGCAUACUGUAGAAUGUUCCCAUAAUGAGGAUAGACUGAACAAGGAGUGUGGUAGGAAUGCAUUAUUUUCUCAAAUAUCUAAGAAGGUUUCUACUUCACAGACAAAAGACAAUAAAAAAUGUUCUGCUGCAGAUAAGAUGAAAUGUAGCGAGGAUGGGAAGAACUAUUCUGGAAGGAGGAAUCCUUCAGGACAACCAUCAAGUGAUAGUAGAAUGGGGACCCAAUAAAAAAAAAGCAUGAUGAAUUCAGUGUAAAAUCUGCUGCUCCAUGCAGCAAAAAGGGGAACAAUACCCCUGAGCAAAAUGUGAUCCA